UCAAAAUCCUAUCUUAAAUUCCUUGAUUUGCUGAUUCCUUUUUAUAAAGUGACUAAAUAGUUGCCAAACAUCUUCAAUCUUCAUUGCUUCUGCUGUAAUUGCAUUUCACUUGCCUCUUUUAGCACAAAGUUUUUUACAGGAAGCAGAAUGGUUUUACUUCGACAGGUAAGAUUUUUAUAAGUUAUCUUGUUUAAGAUUAAAUGCAAACUUGUUUACUUCUUUUGUUUUACUAAAAUAGUUACAGCAGGGAAUGCAGCAUGUCCGAAAUUUCUAUAACUCGGAAGCUCAAAUGUUAAGAAGCAACUUUCAGCCAUCAUUCAUCUCUCAAACAUACAAAAGCAGUAUCUCGAAACAAAGAUCAAAGGCAGAGAACAAAUUACUGGCAGCAAAGAAACACAGUGAAGCAGAAAGGAGACGCAGAAUGCGAAUCAAUGGUCAAUACGACACCCUCCGCAACAUCCUCCCCAACUUGAUCAAAAAGGACAAGGCAUCAAUACUAGUAGAAACUAUCAAGCAAGUGAUUGAGUUGAAGAAAAAAGCAUCAAAACUAGAAGAUAGCCAUGAUACCUCAGAGGUCAAGUUUCCAAGUGGAGCAGACAGAUUGAAUUUGGAAAAGUGUAAUGAUGAGGAGGGUUUAGUGAAGGCUACAUUGAGUUGUGAGGAUAGGCCAGGAUUGAUGUCAUCUAUAGCAAGAGCAGUAGGGUCCACGAAAGCCAAAGUUGUAAAGGUUGAGAUGGUGACAGUUGGUGGAAGAACCAGAAGUGUUUUGUGGGUUCAAGGGGUUGAAAAUGAAGAUUUGGGAAUGCUUAAAAGUACUUUGAAAAUUGUCAUGCAUAAGCCAAGCUUUAAGAUGAGAAGGUUUACUCAAUAAGUGUUUGUUGUAGGAUUAUUCCCUUAAUUCUGACUUCAUAGGAACCAUAACGUGUAAAGCUAAUUACAUGUUUUUUUUUCUAGGUUUGAGGAAUACAAAAUAAUGACUUUAUGGGCUUUGUAGAAUGAGCCUCUACUCUUAGAUUUGUA